AAAAGGGAGGGCCCGUGCGCCGAGCUGGAACUUGCUGGGCGAGGAGGGGGUUGUUCCCCGGGAACACGGCGGCCGAGAGUGGCAAGCCCUCUUGGCCCACCGAGCCCUGGGGCGGCGGGCUCUGGGGAAGGCCCAGACCCACACACUGAGGGCAUUCUGGCCUCCAGAUGCAGACGCGCUGGUAGCCGCGCUGCUUCUGGAAUUGCAGCCCGCUGUAGGGUUCGAACUGGUGGGAGGCUUUGCUGAGUCCCGGUUAAACAAUAGUGGGGCCCGCGCCGCCCUCCUUAGCCGCGCGCCGGCCCGCGGAGCUGCCUUCCUUCCACCUGGAGGGGCGCGCGGAGAGCAGAGGCCCGGCUGGCCGCCUGGCCGGCUGCGCCAGCGCGCGGCUAAUCUUAACUGUUGAUUACAUCUCUGGUGAAGACUCCCUCGUAGACCCCUCAUAUGUCUCAUUUGUAAUUGAGACUAAUGAUUACAGUGGGGUGGGAAAGGAGCAGCUGCUCAUUAAUUAAUUUCUAAUUAAAAGUGCCUCCCCUCCUCGGUGACUAAGGAGAAACACGGUUCGUCGGGGCGCUAUUGACUCCGCGGAUGAAAUUCAUUUGUUACAGCCGUGCGCCCUCCGCCCGGGGCUGCGCGGCCGAGCGACCCACGCGUCUGCCGCCCGGCCGGGCUGCGCGGAGUGGGGCUGACGUCAGAGCCUCCGCCGCUUAAAGCCGCGCGCCGCUGACGUGACGGAUUCGCACGACUCUUUUUUUUUUUUUUCCUUUUUUGCAAAAUAUGUAUUUGUGUCGCCGCUGCGAGGCCGGUCGGUCCCAGAGCCCCCUGGAGGCUCCGGACUGUGAAGCUAAAAGGAUCGCCGCGUCCGUCGCGGCUCACUUUCCUACCCAGUUAGAAAAGUUUGUGGAGCGCGUGUCUGAAUUAACCCGCUCUUCUGCUUUGCCCGCCCAGCGCCUAGAAGCCGGCGGCCCCGGAGCAGUGGCCGCGCCACGCCGUCCCCCUCGCGCAGGACCCCGCCGGCCCCGCCCGUCGACCCCGGGCCGCGCCCGCCAUGUCCUACCCGCAGUUUGGGUACCCCUACUCCUCGGCACCCCAGUUCCUGAUGACCACCAACUCCCUGAGCACGUGCUGCGAAUCCGGUGGCCGCACGCUGGCCGACUCCAGGCCGGCUGCCUCAGCCCAGGCGCCCGUCUACUGCCCGGUCUACGAGAGCCGGCUGCUGGCCACCGCGCGCCACGAGCUGAACUCAGCGGCGGCGCUUGGCGUCUAUGGGGGCCCCUACGGCGGCUCGCAGGGCUACGGCAACUACGUGACCUACGGUUCUGAGGCGUCUGCCUUUUACUCGCUGAACAGCUUCGACUCCAAGGACGCACCGGGAUCUGCGCAUGCGGGCCUCGCUCCGGCAGCGGCCACAGCCUACUACCCCUACGAGCCGGCGUUGGGCCAGUACCCCUACGACAGCCGCGUGGGCCUGGCGCUGGCCGCCUGCCCGCGGCGCAGGGGCCGCUGCCGGCGCCCCAUUGCCCAGCCUGUCUCCAGGUACGGGACCAUGGACAGCGGCACGCGGCGGAAGAACGCCACGCGCGAGACCACCAGCACCCUCAAGGCCUGGCUGCAGGAGCACCGCAAGAACCCCUACCCCACCAAGGGCGAGAAGAUCAUGCUGGCCAUCAUCACCAAGAUGACCCUCACGCAGGUCUCCACCUGGUUCGCCAACGCGCGCCGGCGCCUCAAGAAGGAGAACAAGAUGACGUGGCCGCCGAGGAACAAGUGUGCGGAUGAGAAGCGGCCCUACGCGGAGGGCGAGGAGGAAGAGGGGGGCGAGGAGGAAGCCAGGGCGCAGCCCCUCAAGAGCACCAAAGGUGCAGAGCCCACAGACAAAGAGAAGGAUCUGGAGCUCAGCGACUUGGAGGACUUCGACCCCCUGGAGGGGGAGCCCCCAGAGUGCGAGCUGAAGCCGCCCUUCCAACCCCUGGAUGGAGGCCUGGAUCGAGUCCCCGCCAUGCCAGACGGCCCCAGCGCCCCCGGGAAGGAGGCUCCGGGCGCCCUCCGGAUGCCCCUGGCCGCCGGGGGUGGGGCCACUCUGGACCAGGACCUGGAGAGGGCCCGGAGCUGCCUCCGGAGCACGGCGGCUCGGCCGGAGCACCAGGCGGGCGCGGGCGCGGGCGCGGGGGUUGGCCCGCAGGCCUGCGAGCCCAAGCUGGGCUUUGCUCCAGCGGGGGCGUCGGCGGGCCUCGAGGCCAAGCCGCGCAUCUGGUCCCUGGCACACACGGCCACCGCGGCCGCCGCCACCGCCCUCGGCCAGACUGAGUUUCCCUCGUGCAUGCUCAAGCGCCAUGGCCCCGCUGGCCCUGCGGCCCCCUCCUCGGCGCCCGCCUCCUCCUCGCCUGCGACCCCGGCUCCCGCCGGUGCCCUGGACAGGCACCAGGACUCCCCGGUAACCAGUCUCAGAAACUGGGUGGACGGGGUCUUCCACGACCCCAUCCUCAGACACAGCACUUUGAACCAGGCCUGGGCCAGCGCCAAGGGCGCCCUCCUGGACCCGGGGCCGCUGGGCCGCUCGCUGGCGGGGGGCGCCAACGUGCUGACGACGCCCCUGGCGCGCUCCUUCCCGCCCGCCGCGCCCCAAGACGCCCCCGCCUCCGGCGCUGCCAAGGAGCUGCUGGCCACGCCCAAGGCCGGCGGCAAGCCCUUCUGCGCCUAGCUGGCCGCCUGCCUGGGCGAGGAGGCAGCCGGCGCUCGGGCUGCAGGCUCCAACUCUUUUUCUACCGAGUUUCCAAAGUGAGGCAAGAGCUCGGCAAAGCUCAGGUCGCCAACCCACCCUGGAGGGAGGAUCUGAACUCGGGCUCCCGGGGCCACGGACAAGCCCCCGGAGCGCCCGGACAGGAGUCCUCCCGGCCGUGCCAAACUCGGGGACCGAGCAGGAUAGGGCUGCUGUCAGAGCAGCAGGGAAACACCCUGAAGCAAAAAGUUUACGUGCAAAAGUUUACACACAGAAGACGUUUCCGUUCCGAGGCCUGUCUGUGUACCUGUCUGCUUUGGGUUGAGGCUUUGCCGCCGUUCCUUGUGAAGACUCCUCAGCCUGCUGGCCUUCCGAUUCCAUCCUCCGCGCAUACUUUUCACCAACAACACUUCCACCGAGUUUACACUAUUGCACACUCUUAACUCGAUAAAAUUAUGUUUUUUUAAUGUAUGUUCACACCGAUAAUUGCCUGCUUCAGAGGCUAAUAUAACAAAACCAAUAAAACCGAGUGA